UUGAAACUGUACACCAGGAGCUGCCAGACAAUCCUCACAAUGCUUGGCAGCCCACCAGCAGGGGGAGGUGUCCGGAGAAAAGUAUGUCACUGUGUGUUCCAGCAAUAAGAAUGUCCCCUGUUAGCUCACAGCCCUACUCUCUGAUUGGCACAGACAUGCUAAGACUUGUCUUGUUUGUUUAAUUUAUGCACCUGUUGAAUAAAGAUCCAUUUCACCUAAGUGUUUUUUAUUUAAUUAAAGUAAGCGCUCUGUAUUCCCAGGAAGGCGGCUGCUCCCCUCGUUGCCUCAGUUGACACUAAAUUUAGAGCUGCAGCUCUGGGUCUGCUAACGUAGGAGGUAAAAAUAGCAAAGAGGGGAAGCCUGCUCAACCCCAGAGCAGACAUACGCGACAGAGUGUGUAAGCUGAUAAAAAUUUAACUGCACAAACAAGCCCAAGACAGACAGACAGAGAGAGACAGGCAGAGAGAAAGACAGGCAGAGACUGGUUCCUUCUUAGAAACAGCAAAGAUCAGAGACCGACCGGUCCAGAGACAGACCGGACGUGCACUCACUGUGGUUCACCUUCAUUCAUGCUGUUAUUGGAUGUAAACAUACAAACAGGCAGUCCGUGAGAGACACAAGGCAGCAGGAUGUUGUCCAAAAAGCAGGAGGGGAGGUCGUUCGGUAACGGGCGGCUGAGAGACCAAUGGGAGAAGAUGUCUCAGAACGUGGCCGACCAGAACAAACAGGAUGCUGAGUGGAAAAAGCAAAGUACCAACAAAAUAGCAGGCUCAAAGUGGAAUUAUCACUGGUCUCUCGUCGCCACCGGAGACUUUAAGAGACUCACCAGCGGCCAAAAUGAAACCGACAACAAGCCCAAAAUCAAAUUCAAAGUCGUCCCCCCUCCACCCAAAACCAAACCUGAGCCUCCUCCUCCUCCACCUCCUCCAAAGCAAGAAUCCCCGCCCAGACCACGCAGGCCAAAACGUAAAGUGGAGGUGGACGUGUUUCGGAUAUACUGGAAAGAUUCCUGGCAGAGUCUGAAGCCUCCGAAGUAUCUCUACCUGAAGGCCAAAGAGCUGAAAGCCAGAAUCCUGGGAUUCACCACCAUAGAGCUGCCCGAUAACAGGAAGUACAAACAAACAGCAUGCCAACCCGAGGAGGAAUGGACGAUUUCUGCGGAGAGAUGGAGCCGCUCCUGGAAACAGGUGAAGAGUCCGGCUCAGCUGGAGCCGCCUGAGGAGACACAGUUCCAGUGGGAGGUUUUGUAUGAGAGGAAGUUUAAAGGUAAAGCUGAGAUCAUGGUGUACGCUCUGCCUCCCUGGGCGGGUACCUGGAAGAUCAUGAACUUUCCCUUCAGACAGUAUAAACCUGAGUGGGAUGUAAUCUGGGAGGAUUACCAACAAGACUUCAGUGACAAACUUUGGGAGCUGGAACAACUCGAGGAGGAGGAGGAGCUGGAGGACUGGGAGGAUUCAUGGAAACUUUCAGAGGCAGAUAUUGAAACAGAAUACCAAACAGACGAUGAGACAGAGUAUGAUUCAGAAGAAGAGACGGACGAGGAGUCAGAGUAUGAAUCAGAGGACGUAUCAGACGAUGAGACUCUUUCAGAAAGCUCCGACGGCCCUGAAACAUGUAUGACGACGAGGAUAAACGAUGUGUUCAUGCCCGGGUGGAGUAACUCCUGGCUGAUGUCUGCAGCUCCCCCGGUGGAGGCAGAAGAGCGUCAGAAGAGCUGGAGCUCCUGCUGGGGAUUCAGUCAACAGUUCAGGUGGCGUGAGGCUUCACUGAUGUCUCAUCAUCGACACAUUGCCAUGCUGACGGAGAAACGUGAAGCCACUAACCUGCUGCUCACGUCACCGCUGGACGAAGAGAGCGCAGAGACGACAGACUGGACCGACGCCUGGAAGACCCUGAAACGAUGGAUCCCACCUGUGGAGGAGGAAUCUGAAGAGGACGAGGAAGAGGAAGAGGAGGAGGAGGAAGAAGCACAUGAAAAAGAGGAGGAGAAGGAAGAAGUACAUGAAGAAGAGGAGGAGGACGAUGAAGGAGUGGACGAUGAGGAGGAUGAGGGAGUAGAUGAGGAGGAGGAAGAGAAGGAAGUUGAGAAGGACACAAAGAAGGAAGAAGAAUUACACACAACAAACGAGAUCAAGGAGGACAAAGAAAUUAUCAACAAGGAAGAUGAGGAUGAGGAGGAUAAGGAGGAAGAGGAGGAUGAAGGAGUGGAUGAAGACGAUGAGGCAGAAGAGGAUGAUGAUGAAGAGAAUGAGGAAGAAGACAAUGAAGAACAGAAAGAGGACAACGUUGGAGGACACAAGGAGAAGGAGGAGAAUAAGAAGUUAGACACAGAGCAGGGCAGUGAGGAGGAAGAGGAGGAAGAAGAUGAAGAUGAGUUUGAGGAAGCACAGGAGGGGAGGGAGGAAGAGGAGGAGGACAAACACAUGAAAGAGACUGGUGAGGAGGAGGAAGAUGAAGAUGAGGAGGAUGAAGAAUUUGUAGAUGUUGAGGAUGAAAACAAGGAAGUAGAUAAAGGAAAGGGAAAAGAAGAACACAAGAAAACAGGUAAUGAAGAUGUGGAGGAAGAGGAGGAACUCAAACAGAAACAUGCACAUGAGAGAAAAGAGAACAAAGACGUGAACAAGAAGAGUGAGGAGGAUGAAGAUGAAGAGGAGGAGGAGGAGGAGGAGGAAGAGGAGGAGGAGGAGGAGGAAAAAGAAUCAGACAAGAAAAACAAGAAAAUCAACAAAGAAGAAGAGGAGGAGGAGGAGGAAGAGGAAGAGGAGGAGGAAGAGGAAGAGGAAGACGAAGAAGAAGAGGAGGAGGAAGAAGAUGAAGAAGAGGAGGAAGAAGAAGAAGACGAAAAGAAGGACAAAGACGCCGCGGUGAAAAGAAAAGAAGAGGACGAGGAGGAGGAAGAAGAAGAAGAGGAGGAGGAAGAAGAUGAAGAAGAGGAGGAAGAAGAAGAAGACGAAAAGAAGGACAAAGACGCCGCGGUGAAAAGAAAAGAAGAGGACGAGGAGGAGGAAGAAGAUGAGGAGGAGGAAAAAGAGGAGGAUGAAGAAGACGAUGAAGAGGAAGAAGAGGUGGAGGAGAAAAAGGAGGAAAAAGAUGAUGAAGAGGAACAAGAGGUGGAGGAGAAAAAGGAGGAAGAGAAAGCAACAACAGAGGAGGAAGAAGAAGAAGAGGAGGAGGAAGAAGAAGAGGAGGAAGAGGAAGAAGAGGAGGAGGAAGAAGAAGAGGAGGAAGAGGAAGAAGAAGAAGAUGAAGAGGAGGAGGACAACUGAACUGAGUGAAGAUGACUCAUGAAGUUUUCUGACAUUUUUAAUCGUCUGAUCGCAGGAAGUGAAACGAGCGAGAAUCAAACCUAGAUCAGAACGUGUUUGAUCUGAAGGCCGACGUCUUAAGCUGUGAAGAGACUCCUCUUGACCUCAGUGUGAUCUCUGGAUGGUCUCCAUCCAGACGAGUGUUUCAGCAUCACUUCAGAUCUUUACCUUCCUCUGGCUUCGUCUGAUAUUGCUCCUAAGAAUUGAACCGUGCAACGACAGCAGCAGUACAACAAGGUUAGCAGCACCUGUACACAAUUGAAACUUUGAGGUCAGGUUUGAAACAGUCCUGACCCAAAUAGAUCUGGUCUCCCCUAGACCUCUGAAGGUGUGCUGUGGUAUCAAGACAUUAGCAGCAGAUCCUUCCUGUGGAGCCUCCAUGGAUCAGACUUUGUUGAUGCUGGAUUAGAGAUUUGGGGAAUUUGGAGACCAAUUCAACAACUUUAACUCGCUGUCAUGUUCCUCCAGACCACCCUCUUAGUUCUGAUGCUCAUGAUCAUAUUGGACAAGGGUCAGAAUCUGCACCCUGACCGCUCUACACCUUUCUGUUUGACCUUUGACCCUUUCAGAUGUUUGAUCUGCAUCACCUCUUCUGUUGAAUCGGCUCCUCGUGCACAUCAGUGAGGCUCCGCCGCCCUUGACCUUAUUGCUAGUUUGCCGCUUUACUUCCCGAUCCCUGCACCUUCCUUAACACUCCACAUGAGCUGCAGUUCUGGAGACGCUCUGACCCGGUCAUCUUCAUAUUUGGCCAUCGUCAAAGUCGCUCACAUCCUCACACUCUCUCAUUUUUCCUGCUUCAAACUCAUGAACUUCAAGGACAAAAUGUACACUUGCUGCCGAACAUUUCUCACCAACUGAAUGGAGUCCAUGGCUGUGUAAAAAACAGCCUUACUUCUUAUGGAUCUCAUGUGUAAAGUUAAAUGUUAAAGUGUUUUUGUUUGGAAGCAAAGAGAUCCAAAUCUGGUCCACAGGUUGCCUCUCUCAUCAGCUGCUAUUGGGAUCACCUGUGAUCUCCCUCAGCUGGGGUCAAUCAGCAGAAGGAGGCUAUAUAAGGAUCUCUGUGUUCAGUUGGUUUUUCUCACAAGAGGGUCAACACCUUCAGUUGGCCUUCUUUCAUGAAUGAAUGAAUUAAUGAAUGAGAGUUUGAGUUUGGAUGCAUGAGUUCUGCUCCUAUUUAAAAAUAAUUUAUUGUACCCCUGAUCAGGGACUACCAUUUGAUUUUGGUUUCUGGCCAAAUCCCUUUCUUAAUCUAUCCUUUCAUAGAGUUAGUGGAUGCCUGUGGGGAGAAAUAAUUCCCUAAAACAUCUUUCAGAAAACACAAGUUUUGUUCUUUUCUUUUGAUUUUCUUAAGUGCAGUUUCUUGUUAGUGUCCCACACGCGACCCCUGUCCUUCAGGUUUUAUCUCAGAGCAAACUUAACAAUACUACCUAUGAAUGUAGCAUCCAGUACAUUCUGCAUACUCUGAAGAUAGUAUGUAGUAUUGACGUUACUUUCUAAACGGAUAAAUCUGUGUAAAGAGAGUAAAAGUCUGCGUGUGUGAGGUUUUAAAGUGUUAAACUAACUUUGGAACUUCAACAAAGAAGACCAAAGUUUGAGUCGUGAGUGAAACAGAGAGAGUUCAGGAAGUGUAAGUUAUGAAAUACACUGAGGAGACAUAUCUGACCACGGUUUGUGAGUAUUUAUUGAAACCCAAUCUUUGGUCUUUUUGGUGCCUUGGGUUAAUUUUGCCUGAUGAACCCUCUUACACUGUGCACUCAUAUUACUAUAAUGAAAAUCAACCUCAGGAGUUCUCCUUGCACUUUGCAUUCACACAUGUAUUCCUGGGCUGUUUUGAAGUCUAACUUGUGAGCAUCAGAAGGAGGAUAAGAAAACUCUAGCCAACUAAUGAAAUGAGAAAAUGUCAUGUUGUGAGAUGUUGAAGUUAAAGAUGUUGCAGAGAUCAGUCUCGAAAUGCCAGAGCUGCUUUUACUGCAUUGUUGCAAAGAUGUAUAAAUAUGAAAUAAUGUGACUGCAGAAUUAAAGUUUUCAAACAUAA